UGUGGAGUUGCGGGACUGGGUGGGCCAGAACUUGUGUGUAGGGUUCAGUGAGCGAUGCCGUCUACCAGUCUCCCACCGCCUCUCCCGGUAGGGCAGAGUUACAGCUUCAGCACCAGGAGGAGCACCGAACCGGAGAUCUUUACCUUCGAUCCGAUCCCGUUGCACAAACCCAGCAGCAAAGCCAAGAGGCGCUCGUUGAAGGUCCUUUAUCCGAUAUACCAGUCUCGGAAGUCCCAUCCCACCAGGAUAGACUUGGCUAAGAGGCUUUUCCUGGUGCUGCUAUCCAUUGUUAUCCUGCAGGUGUAUAGUACUACAGAGACUGAGGAAGAGGAGGCCAAUCUGGUUUCUGAGACUCUGCAGCUGGAGACCAGGAGUGAACCCUCCCUGCCAGCUGGGCUAGCCUUGAAGUUGGAUUCUGCUUCCAUUUGCAUACUGACUGUGCCACAAGGAGCUGCGGGUAACAACACAGUCAGUACUGUUUGACGUUCACCUCCUCGGCUCUCGGGGGGGGGGGCCAGUUCCCAACCUGGUUUGGAAACCGCUCUCUGCCUGUUCACUUCUGUCACUGAGUCAUCGGCCUGCCUGGUUUCCCCUCCCUCAACAGCCUGAUCCCUAGCCAUGCCAAAGACUUGACUGUUGUUCCUGAUGUGGGUGCAGUGAUAGGGAGGCUGAGGCUAAAUACAAGUGGCUUCUCUCCUCACCCAGAUCUGACUGGCACAUCACACUGCACCUUUCCCUGGUGGUACAGUGAUGGUGUCCCUAACUGUGAGCCAGGAGGACUGGGUUCAAGUCCCAACUCCUUCAGAUCAUAACAUGCUUGAGCAGGUUGUUUAUUAUAAUUUUGCAAUGUACCCCUUGCUGGGUGAACAGGUGAAGUUGGCAGACUGGCACUCUAUGACCUCCAAACCAUGGUUGCUUCGGUGGGGGAAUGCUGCCUGCAGAAGUCAAGAAAGAGCUGUGAAACAUCUUGCAACCAUGCAGUGAGUAGGCAAGGCAGCUGGGGGGGGUUGCAUCUAAGUUGGUGUUAGUGAUUUUCAGCAAGAGCCGUAGAGUUUGAUCCUAUUCCUGGAGGUUUCAUAUGGUGAUGUAACCACGCCACAUCUAAUUGGCCUGAAAACCAUCUUCGCAUCACCAAUGUUCACCCACUGGCAGACAUUCCUGGCUAAAUUUCAUGCAUGACCCUUCUACAGGGCAGUCGUGAGCUUUAUGUGCAGCAGUUAAAUUGUUCAAGAAAUUUUGAGGUCUUAUUCCAAAGAAGGUCCAUAAUUAUCAAUCCACCGCAAAGGAGGUCUCAGAUUGUAGCCUCUCUGCUUGUGAGUUGUCUGAAAGUUGGAAAUGGUGAUCAAUAAAAUGGAAACCACUGCCUUUAGUAGCUUAAAAAACUACAUGAUAACGAAGGAAGUGGUGGGCUGAUUCUUAGAGAUGAUGCCUGUAAAUUACUUUAACUACGCUUGGAAUAUCUUUAACUUAGUCGCCCUUGCAGUUUCUGCAACACUAGUCUUGCGACGGUAACAGUUCACAAGAACCUUAGUCAGAUUGGCUGUGCAAAAGAAAUCCACCCGGAAGUGUUGUAGGCUAAUUAGGUGACGUAUUGUCUGUAUUAAAACAGUGCUCGAGUAGGAACUAAUUACGAUCUCAUUACUUGAAUGGUAACCUGUUUGAAACCUCCCCUAAAUCAUGACAAAGAAUGAAGCUUAGAGUCAAUGAAAAGACUGGAAGCCACCACUCCAUGACUUGCUAAACCCUCCCAAUCCCAUCCUCCUGAUUAGCACUGCCUAGGCAACAAUGACCGUCUAGUAGCAGUUAAGCAAAUGUCCUCACAUCUGACUUCCAAAUAUUAAAGGUGAAAUGGGUUAAUGACUGUCUGGAACCUCUCAGACAUGAAACUAGGUGUAACCACAGUCUCCCUUGAUGAUAUCUGUCCUCCAGACAGAAACUAACUGUUCCUGGUAUCAAUCAUGAUGACAGUUCUUCCCACAGCACUGUAGUUUGCUUACGGCUCUGGGCUUUAAUGGGAUUAGUCCCAAUGUUGCAAUUCACUGUUGUGGUACGAGAAACAAACUAUGGAAUUUUUCAGACUUGUAAUUGGUUCAUUGAAGUAAUUUAAUUUAUUUUGAUACAUUGUCAUAUUUAAAGUAAUUGUAUUUU